UGCCAUUUUUUUAAAACGGACAAACCCUUAACCUUUUUUUUAGACCCAUUCUUUUAUAUUUGGCAGACUCACAUUUUCUUAUUCAUUGUUAUUAUUGGCAGUAAAGCACGUUUUAUUGUAUUGUUUAUUUACAUUUCAGUGGUAUUGCUAGAAAAUAGUAAUAUUGUAAUUAAUUCUACAUUUUAUUACCAGCCUUAA